AAGUAUGUUAAUAGUCAACUGGGUCGGAGUAAAUACGUUAGUCUAACACCACUCUUCUUAAUUGUUUCUCUUUUGACAACUGCAGAACUUUCCGUCUCCUCUCUCUACUCUGCACUUUGCUGUAAUGAAAUGAAAGUGAAACUUCAAUCCAUUUUUCAUGCGUAGAUUACUAGAUUGAUACAACUUUUGGCUCGACUGAUCAUUUCGAAAUCCCAAUUUGGAAAUUCCAAAAGAGUUGUGAAGUUGCUUUCUUGAGCUCCUCAAUAUGCAAAAUACUUCAGAUAAAAGUCAAGUUAAACAAGAUGAAAGAUCAAAUGGUGAAGGGGAUUCACGGAUGAUUACAAUCGAAUAUCUUCGGGCGAGAUUGCUUUCAGAAAGAUCGAUUUCGAAAGCAACCAAAGAGAGAGCUGAUGAGCUUGCAAAAAGGGUUAAGGAGUUAGAAGAUCAGCUGAAAGUUGUAACUCUUCGGCGAAAAAGGGCAGAGAAGGCAGCUCUGGAUGUAUAUUCGUAUCUAGAUAGUCUUGGGGUCAGUGACAUUUCUGAGGUUUAUGAGUCCGAUUCCAAUGAGGAUGAAUCUCAGUACGAUUCUGAUAUGGAUAAUGGGGAUACAACCAAGGUCAAUAAGGCGUUUGGCCCUUUGGAAACUGAGCAAAAUGAUAGGGAGCCAUUAGGUUUGGAGCCGGAGUCUACCCCUUCAUCCGGUAGAUCAUUGUCUUGGAAAGGUCGCAAGGAUAGUACUCGACUGCUGGACAAGAAAGGUCUCAAAUCUUCCAUCCGAAGCCAAACUAGUCUUGCUCAAGUUAACUCUUCUCCAAGGCAGCGCCUUGAUAAAUCAUGCCGCCAGAUCAAAAGAAGAGAAUCAAGGUCAACAAUUGAGGAGCCCAGACAUGAUUCUAGUAUGUCUAAUGCUCAAGAUAGCAAUGCCAUGGACUGCUUGGACCGUGGUCUUGAUUGUUUGGACUUCCAGAGUGUGGGAUCAAGAAAAUCUCCUGAGAGAUUCGGUCAGAGAGGUUCUGGAAAGGAUAAAGUUUCUUGCUCCUUUGAAACUCAAGCACGGGAAUAUGAUGCUGGUAGUUCCUCGCAUGAAUAUGAAUGUAGCGGUGAGAUGGAAAGAGCUCAUCAACAUCAAGCACAACUCAUAAAAUGUUAUGAAGCUCAGGAAAAGGAUCAAAGAGAGUGGGAAGAAAAAUAUGGAGAGAAUAAUGAUUCAUGUGAACCUGGUAGCCAUUCAGAUGUCACAGAGGAGAGAGACGAGAACAAAGAAACAGUUCCUCAACUCGUCGACGUUGGUGCUUGCCAUGACCACAAAGUUGGGACGCAGACCAAUUCUGUAGGAAGAAAACUAUCAAUAACCCAUUUCAAUAGUUUCAAGCUAUCCCCUGAUGCUACUAGUGGUAGUACAGAGAAACAUAAAUUCAGUGAGAUGCAGCCUAGUGGAUCUCCUGCUCCUGAAUUUGCUUUCUCUGCAACGAAUAGUAAUCAAUCUUUGGAACACGCAGCUAGACAAUCAUUACAAGCAGGUCAUGAUGACCCAUCAUACAGUGGUAGUGUUUCCUGUGAACUACAACCACCUUGGAAAGAUGACUCUCGUUCACUUGUACCCCAUGAAGAACCAUCUUAUAGGGUGAAAACAGUACUAGAGGCCCUUCAUGAAGCCAAGCUACUAAUUAAACAACAAAUUAAUAGUUUUCCAGACACCAAGAUAUCUGUUGGCAGAAUAAUUGAAACUUCUGUUCCAGCAAACGGCGAUGUCGAUUGGUUAAACAUUCCUGUUGGAUGUCCUGGACUUUUCAGAGUGCCAUCUGCUCCAGAUUGUCAAUCUCUCAUUCAGAGUACGUUACCAAGUUCAAAUCAUUUAUCAGAACUAACCAUUUCUGCUCUUGACACAAGACCUCUUGCAGUACAAGGCCACCAAUAUAUUUCCUGUCCGUUGGGUUCCCAGCUUAGUAGUCCUGGUGCUGAGUCCCUCUUCUCUACUCCGGAUAUCCCUAAUAGGCAACCAAGAUUUGACUUUCAGUUUAACACCAACAUAUCUUCUGGUAAUUCUAAUGAAUUGACAAGUUUAGUCUUUCCAGACUUCUUCCCACAUAUGCCGUCACACCAGAUGAUGGGCAGCCAGUUCCCGAGGAACAAUGAAGGAAUACUCCCAUAUGGAUAUCCUUCGUUUCAAAAUCAUGAUGUCAGAUCAAAUACAUAUAGAGAUAGAUAGUUAAUCAUAUGAGUUGCUUGACCUUGCAAUUAUUGGUGUAUUAAUAUACUAAUAUAAUGAAUUUUAAUACAUUACCAGAAUUGAUAUAUAGUGCUGGCUUCUUGCAGUUGCUGCUUGUACUUGUAUAUACUAUUUUGUUACAUUGUAUAAGUGCCAUAUUGUGAAAUUGAUUAUUUGAUAUCUGCAUGCCAUCAUGCUUCUGCUGUGGUUGA